AUGACUAAUGAGGAAGAUUUCUUCAAAGCUUUAACCCGGGAAGCGUCUAAUAUUGAUGGUGCGAUAUAUCGUGUCUUUAGAUGGAAUACUAAUUUUAAGGAAGAUCGAGAACCAGUGUAUGCUCCUGUUUGGAUUAAUUUACCCGGGCUCCCCCCGAACUAUUAUCUGGAGUCAUUCUUGCGGAAUAUUGUUGCUCCGAUUGGACAAUACUUGAAGAGGCAUAAUCCUACACGGUGCGCUACCCAAACUGAAGGGGCUAGGGUAUGUGUUGAUAUGGAUGUUUCAAAGGAGCCGCUAAUGGCUAUAUGGGUUGGUAUGCCUAGACAACCGAAUAGUUUUAUUCAAGAAGUUGCGUAUGAAACAUUGCCGGCAUAUUGCGUUAAAUGUAGUAUGCAAGAACAUAAUUCUAAAACUUGUAAAUGGAAGGUUGAAAACAAGGUUGUUGAUCAGAUUCCGAAAAUGGAUGUGAAGAAAGAUCAUAAAUGGGUUCGUAAAGAGCAGCAGAAGACUCAAGAAGAUAAAGAAAACUCUCAAGAUACACAAGUCGUGAUUUUACAUAAGGGUAAAUCUAGCCGUUUGGAGAAUUUUAUGAAGGAUUCAGUCAAGCAUAGAGGCUUAGAGAAAAUUCAUGUUGAAGAUAUGAAUGUUUUGCUUAAGGAAAUUGAAGUUAUAGAUGGUGAAGAUACCCCCAUGAAGAAAAAACUAAGGGACGUUCAAGACAUGCAGAAUUCAGAAAUGGGAGACUAG